AUGAAACGCCUCAUGAGCCAACGCAGCUCAUGCUGGUCUUUCAUCACGACAAGGACCGAUCUGCCAGACUUUGACAAGAUCCCUCAGAAUCAGGAGGACUAUCACCCGGACUUCUUGGCUGCUUUGCCCAACAUUUGGCCAUCGAAAGAGCCGUUCUACUACACCGACGUCUGUGAUGUGCAUGCGCAUACGCUUCAGUCCGAGAAGCUGGACUGUAUCCGGUCUCGCGAUACACAAGUUCUGCAGAGGAAGCUUCGGGCCAGCGUUGACGGUGUUCAAACCUUCGACAAUCGUGCUCCACCUUCUGUGGUGAAGGAGCGCAAAGCGGCUAGAAAGCGAAUUUUACCAUCUCCGGACGUCUUUGCCCAGAAGCCGAACAAGAGGAAGCCAGGCUUGGUUGCCGAGCCACCAAUUCCGACGUGGAAGAAGCGGCUGUACGAUGAGUUUGCUUGGUCAAUGGAAGAGAGCGAUUCCAAUUGGGAAGAGUACAAUCGCUAUCGAUUUGGCGAGGACUGGGAGAAAGAUGACCAAGACUCGCUUCAAGAGGUCUUCUUCCACAAUCCUGGAGGUGGCUACUCCAAUCUGAUGGGAUUUUGA